AUGCCGUUCAAUAUUUCAGAGUACCUGUUGACCGACGACUUGACAGUCUUGCUGGGUCUCAUUGCGGCUACUGUUUUUCUGCUCAGUAAUCUCUACAAGCCUCAACCGUUAGUCCAUCCUAUUCUGCUAGGUAGGCAAAGUGAUGUUGGCCGAGCUCGAAAUCCUGGGGAAAGCGCGAUAUACAGGAAUUAUGGAACCGGUUUGAUGGGAAGGUUUCCUUUGCGACCCAGUAAGGAUGUUCACAACCUCGUGGAUUUGGUGCGACCAGAAGUAGAGGCGCCUCGAACCUUGUGGUCAACAAAGAUCACCAAUGCCGGCCUGCAAGAUCGUGCUGCUGCUCUGGGCACGGGCUUGCUUCGUCUCGCCCAAUUAAAACCGCAAGCAUCAACUGUUCUCAUUUUGUUGAAUGAUUGUAUUGAAUUCAUUAUUGCAGACCUUGCUUUGGCCUCUCAUUCCAUCACCUCCUACACUUUGUCAUCUCCAACCUUGCUACCGACUGUUUUGGAGUCUUAUCCACCUUCCGCUAUUCUAACGCAUGCCUUCCUUCUUCCCCAGCUUUUGGAGCAUAUUUAUGAGACAAAUGAACAGACCGUCGAGCAUACCAUCAUUGUUGUUGGAGAACCAAGCGCUCAGACUAUGGCCAGCGUGGCUAGUAACAUUAAGGUUCUAAAAUUUGCCGAGGUUGAACGUGAGGGUGUGAAAGUCGAGAAGAUUAUUAGCCCUUUUUCGAACACAGGCGACGUCUUCUCUAUAUCUUUUUACGAAUCCGAAGCUGGCCUGCUACAAGGAGCUCAGCUGACUCACGAGAAUCUAACUGCCGGAGUGGCUGCAGUUCGUGCAUUACUUCCCCUUUCGCAUGCUAUAUCCCCGUUGGACACCCUUGCUUCCUCUCAUUCAUUGAGUACUGCGUAUGGAAGGGCAAUUGCAUACACUGCAAUCUUUGAAGGAACAAGUUUCGCGACCCUUGCGAGUUCUGAAUUAUACCACACGGAAGAAGAAUCCGUCCCACUUGACAUUUCUGACAUUCUGUCGGUCAAGAGGAAGUAUCCAAUACCAUCCCCGACAAUUUUGUUCAUCAAACCUGACCAUUUGAAUUCUCUUGCGACUGCCGUCAUCAAGGAGUCUGCUAAAUCGUGGUUGCUCUAUCCGUUUGGUUGGCGCCACAAACUAACGGGAGUGACGGAAGGAUUCAUUGCGAAAGAAAGCUUAUGGGACAGAGUGGUGUUUGACGGCGCCAGAACUAAAAUUCUAGGUGAAGGUGCGGCAACACUACGUGGUGCCAUUGUUAGUGGCGGACUUAUUGAAGCGAAAAUCAUGACUCCCGCACGCGUCGCGCUGUCUAUACCUCUAGUGAACAGCCUUACCCAUCCUCUGGUUUCAGGACCCGUUUUGGCUUCGCAUGCCUUUGAUUUGCAAGAUUUUCCUGCACCAAGCAAUGGUCCUUUAUCACCUGUCGCCCAUACAGGCCCUCCGAGUGUGAACAUCGAGGCCAAAUUGGUUGGGGUCGAUGACGAUCAGGUUGAAAAUGGGGCUAGUCCCGUCGGCAUAUUAGUUGUCAGGGGACCAUCCAUUGCCAAAAUGGCGAAUAUCGAAGGAUACGUUGACAUUUCAUCGGAGGGUGAUGGGGAUGGAUGGAUAAGUACUGGUGUAAAGGCCGAGGUGCAGCCAAACGGGUCAUUCCAAGUUUUAUCAUUGGGAAAUAGGAAAUAG